CCUUAACCUCAUUUUCUGUUUCCCACUCCACCAAACCCUAAUCUCUCUGCGUUUUCAACACACUCACCGCGCACACACUCACCGUCGACAUCACACACUCACCGGUGAAAAAUGGGUCGUGUCCGCACAAAAACCGUGAAGAAAUCCUCACGUCAAGUUAUUGAGAGAUACUACUCUCGAAUGACCCUAGAUUUCCACACAAACAAGAAAAUCCUCGAAGAAGUUGCACUCAUUCCAUCGAAGAGACUCAGGAACAAAAUCGCUGGAUUCUCAACUCAUCUCAUGAAGCGUAUUCAGAAAGGACCUGUUCGUGGAAUCUCAUUGAAGCUUCAAGAGGAAGAGCGUGAACGUCGUAUGGAUUUCGUUCCUGAAGUUUCUGCUAUCAGGACUGAUCAUAUUGAAGUUGAUAGGGAAACUUUAGAUAUGCUUGCUGCUCUUGGUAUGGCGGAGAUUCCUGGUGUUGUUCAGGUUGAUCCUGUUCCUGUUCAGCAGAUUCCGUUUGCUCGCGGUGGUGCUGCUGGUGGAAGGAGGUUUUAAUCUUUAAUUUUGAGAUUAAGGGUUUAUUUUUUUUGGAUUUUGGAAUGCUUUAUUUUAGAGUACUUUGAAUUUUGUUAUAAGUUUGGAAGAAAUUUCGUUUGAGUUUUGGAUAUUUAAACUAUUUAAGUUGUUGUUAUGGAAUUUGUCUAGUUUACUUUCCUUAUUCUUUUUAAUUUUUAUGGUAUAGGUAAUGAUAUUAUAUUUUUGGAUUA